GCGGAUUGACAUCUUUUCAUUGGGAUAGAGCGAGCUGAGCAGACAACACUAGCUUAGCCUUCGUCCUGAGCUCAGUUAUUCCAAGAUGAAUGCAGCAGCUCUUUCUCUGUUUACUUUGAAAUCGGGCUUACUUUAUUAAAGGCGAAAAAAGACUCUGAAAGAUAGUUGGGAUUUUUAUUUCUUUUCGUUUUGCUAAAAAAAAAAAGACUCUGAAAUAUUCCAGUACCUCUUGUUAGCGACAUUCCUUAAAAAAAAAUGAAAGAGAGGUCCGUGUCCCAGUUCGGCCUUUGGUUUUAUUUCGUCCUGUUCGGUGUCAAGGCGACGAGUUUUCCCGGAAGUGAACUAGAUUUUCAAACAAGGUUGGACAGAAGUCGUAGCAUUCAAUCCAUCAGGGAUUCUAUAUUACGGAACCUCGGACGCCCCCUUGAAACGAUGCGAAACACGUCGCCCAAAACUCCAAACGUUACAUUGCCGGCGACUGAAACGGAAACUGACACCGGUUUCGUUUCCGAAAUUGAAGAAAUCAUUUCUUUCUCAGAGCCUGUUGAGAAUUUACCGAGUGACAACAUCUUCAAAUUCUCGCUGACGAGAGACAACCGAACUCAUGAAAUUCAGAGUGCGAGUGUCCUAGUACAAGUGAAAUUCAAAAGACGCAAGAAUAAGAAAAAGAAAAGAAAAGUGAAGUCACAGCGGAUCAAUCUCAUCUUAAGCACUGUGGAUGACAGAGGCCGUAUCGUUCAACAAAUAUCCAGGAAAAAGGCUAGAAUUUCUAGAACAAAUUGGUUUAAACUGUUUUUGCCAAACUAUCUAAUUCAGAGAGCCCUGUUGUCUGAUAAUGCGAGCAUCAAAUUGCACAUCCGCUGUAGGGGUUGCAAAAGGUUUGCCAAAUUGGUCCUUUUACAUGGCACAAAGCGAAAGCGGAAACGCACAAAAACAAAUAAAAGCAAAAGAAAACGACAGCGCAUGAGGUCCCGAACACUUGGCAAGAAGCGGAGGCUUAGUCCCACGAGACCGUUUCUACUUAUACAUACAAAGGUAAAGUUCCGAAGCCGAAGAGAGACGUAUAGAUGUGAACAAACAAAUCAGUGUUGUAAGCUGCCGCUUGUUUUCUCCUUUGCAGAAGUCGGAUGGAGUGACUGGGUUAUCUCCCCUCCUUCAUUUAAAACAAAUGUUUGUAGCGGAGGCUGCAAUAGCGGCUCGGAUUGGAACCGAGGCUAUAAUUACACAUAUCACUGCACGGACCGGAAGCACAAAUCGUUACGUAUCAUGUACUUUGACAAAACCGGAGCCGUGAUAAUCAACGAACUUCCGAAAAUGAUUGUUACCGAAUGUGGCUGCUCAUGACAAGGGGAUUUUCAAGUUAAUUUGUUGUUAAAUUAAUUGUAAUUUAAGUUCUAGUCAAUGGUUAUUAUUGUUAAGUGUAAUUUGAUUUACAAAAAGUCGCUACAGUAUGCUUUCGACAGAUGCUUUACAUAUCAGUACUUUGAUUUUGUAUAUCUUUGUUAAUUUGCAACAUAUUUUAACACAUUCCCAAUGCUCGUCACAUUAUCUGAGAUCUUCUGAA